AUGGGGCUCUCUGAAACUCUCCUUGCUAGGAAAAAUAGCAGCAGUCAAAAUGAAGAUUCUGCCGGAGCUAGCUACUUUCAGUGGGACACUGGAUUCUAUGAACAGAAGGAUGGAGUGGCCAUGGGGAGCCCUCUCAGCCCAGUAGUAGCAAAUUUCUAUAUGGAAUACUUUGAAAAACAGGCCCUAGAAACAGCACCAAAAAAGCCAACUGUUUGGUUCAGAUACGUAGAUGACACCUUCACAAUUUGGAGCCAUGGAGAGGAAGAACUCAGCAAGUUCCUGGACCAUCUUAACAGCAUCCACCCAAACAUCCAAUUCACCAUGGAAAAAGAAAAGGAAGGAAAACUGCCAUUUCUAGAUGUUCUGGUCAUCCGCAAACCCAAUCAACAAUUGGGCCACACAGUUUACAGAAAACCUACACACACAGAUAGAUACCUUCAUAAAAACUCCAACCAUCACCCAAGUCAAAAAAGGAGCACAAUCAAAGCCCUGACAGACCGUGCACAAAGAAUCUGCGAACCUCACCUCCUCCAAGGUGAACUCAACCACCUAAACUGGGCUCUACAGGCCAAUGGAUACUCCACCACAGACAUCAGAAGAGCUGCAAGGCCAAGAACAAGCCAUGAGAGUCAAGACAAAGAUCCACCCAGAGGAAAGGUGUCCUUACCAUACAUCAAGGGAACUACUGACCGCAUAGGGAAGCUGAUGAAGAAGCACAACCUACAAACUAUCUACAGACCCACGAAGAAAAUCCAACAAAUGCUACGGUCAGCGAAGGACAAGAGGGAUCCUCUCUCUUCUGCAGGAGUCUACCGGAUACCAUGCAGCUGUGGACAAGUCUACAUAGGGACCACCAAACGCAGCGCCCAAACAAGAGUCAAAGAACAUGAAAGGCACUGCAGACUAAUUCAACCAGAGAAAUCAGCCAUAGCAGAGCAUUUGAUGAACCAGCCUGGACACAGGAUACUAUUUGAGAACACAAAAAUGCUGGACCAUUCCAACAACUAUCAUGUCAGACUACACAGAGAAGCCAUUGAAAUCCACAAGCAUGUGGACAACUUUAACAGAAAGGAAGAAACCAUGAAAAUGAACAAAAUCUGGCUACCAGUAUUACAAAACUCCAAAAUCAAAACAGUAGAUGGGAACCAACACAAUGAAGGCUUGACUGAACAAAGGAUGCCCCCAGGCAAGGGACAAAACAUCUCCAAUGCUAAUUAGGGUGAUUAACCGAAACAUUAAUGCUGGCUCCCAGUGACAAAGGACUCUUGCCACACCUUGGACACAGAUAUAUAUUCUUUCCUUUCCUUACUUAGUUUAUCCAUACCUCACAACCUCUGAGGAUGCCUGCCAUAGAUGUGGGCGAAACGUCAGGAGAGAAUGCUUCUGGAACAUGGCCACACAGCCCG